AUGAACUUGCACCAGGUGCUGACCGGCGCCGUGAACCCUGGCGACCACUGCUUCUCCGUGGGCAGCGUCGGCGACCAGCGCUUCACGGCUUAUGCAUCUGGAUGUGACAUUGUUAUACUGGGAAGUGAUUUUGAAAGAUUACAAAUAAUCCCAGGAGCUAAACAUGGAAAUAUUCAAAUAGGAUGUGUAGACUGUUCAAUGCAACAAGGCAAGAUUGCAGCAUCCUAUGGAAAUGUUAUCUCUGUUUUUGAACCAGUUAUUCUUCCGAAGCAAAAGAAAAAUUUGGAAUUAUAUAGUCAGUGGCAGAAAAAUGGUCAAUUUUUUCUGGAAUCAAUAGCUCACAAUAUAACUUGGGAUCCAGCAGGCAAUCGUCUUUUAACUGGUUCUAGCUGUUUACAACUCUGGUCCAAUGCUAACUUGGAGAAGCCAACUGAAGAUGAAAAUCCAGAUAAAACAGGUCUUAACUUGGGGGAUUGGAGAUGCAUUUGGCAUUACAAAACUGCUUCUCAAAUUCAUUUAAUGAAAUUUUCACCAGAUGGAGAAUUUUUUGCCACCACUGGGAAGGAUGACUGUCUUUUAAAGGUAUGGUAUAAUGUAGAAAACUGGCGGACAACUGUUUCAUCUCCAGAUAAAAGUUCAGAAAAACAAUCCCAAGGAGAAAUUGACUUUUCUUUUGUAUAUCUGGCCCAUCCUCGAGCUGUAAAUGGAUUUUCCUGGCGUAAAACAAGUAAAUAUAUGCCUAGGGCUUCUGUAUGCAAUGUACUGUUGACUUGCUGCAAAGAUAAUGUGUGUCGACUUUGGGUAGAGACAUUUUUACCAAAUGAUUGUUUACUUUAUGGAGGUGACAGCAAGCAUUGGACUGAACCGCUUAAUUUGACAAAUAAGUUUGAGAGAAAUGCUUCCAGUAAAGAACGAGUUCAAAACACUUUAGAUGUAAAUCUGAGACAUUUUCGUAGAGGUCGAAGGAGAUCCCUUGCACUUGUAGCACAUACCGGAUACCUGCCACAUCAGCAGGAUCCUCAUCAUGUCCACAGGAACACUCCAUUGCAUGCCAAUGCACUUUGCCACUUUCAUAUUGCAGCCAGCAUCAACCCAGCCACAGAUAUUCCACUUCUUCCUUCUAUUACAUCACUAAGUCUAAGUGAAAAUGAAGAGAAGAGUGGACCUUUUGUGGUACACUGGCUAAACAAUAAAGAAUUACAUUUUACUUUGUCCAUGGAAGUCUUUUUACACCAACUUAGAAAAAGUUUUGAACAACCAUCUUCUGAGGCCAGUGUGGAAGACUCUAAUCAAGCAGAUGCAAAAUCUGAUGAAGAAAUGGAUGAUGGUGUUGAUGAUCUGAAAAUAAAUCAUGAAAAAAAGGAAUUGAGUAGUGAUAAAAUGAUACCAAACUCAAGUUUUGUACCAUUACCAUCAGCUGCCAUUGAUCAUCAGAUUGAAGUACUUCUGUCUGAGUGGAGUAAAAAUGCAGAUAUGCUAUUCAGUAUUCAUCCCAUGGAUGGCUCUUUGCUGGUUUGGCAUGUGGAUUGGCUGGAUGAAUACCAGCCUGGUAUGUUUCGCCAAGUACAGGUGUCCUUUGUUUCCAGAAUUCCAGUAGCUUUUCCCACAGGUGAUGCGAACUCUCUCUGUAAAAGCAUAGUGAUGUACGCCUGUACCAAGAAUGUUGACUUGGCUCUUCAACAAGGGAAACAAAAGCCUUCUAGUCUCACACGUUCCACAUCAAUGCUUAUCUCUUCUGGUCACAAUAAAUCAACUAAUAGCUUAAAAUUAAGUAUUUUUACCCCUAAUGUUAUGAUGAUUUCAAAGCAUGCUGAUGGUUCUCUGAAUCAGUGGCUAGUCAGUUUUGCUGAAGAAUCUGCUUUUUCUACAGUUCUCAGUAUUUCACAUAAAUCUAGAUAUUGUGGUCAUCGCUUUCAUCUUAAUGAUUUAGCUUGCCAUUCAGUAUUACCAUUAUUGUUGACAACAUCACACCAUAAUGCAUUAAGGACACCAGAUGUUGAUAACCAAAAACAACCUCAUGAUGCUGUAAAUACCGAAGAUUUGGCACAACAGGAUAAAAGCACCGGUGAUGUGGCAUUUCAGGAUCCCAAUGCAGUUUAUAGUGAGCUAAUUCUUUGGAGGGUCGAUCCAGUUGGGCCAUUGUCUUUUUCCGGAGGUGUUUCUGAGCUUGCCCGGAUUAAUUCUCUUCAUGUUUCUGCAUUUUCCAAUGUGGCAUGGCUGCCCACUCUGAUACCCAGUUACUGUCUAGGUGCGUACUGCAACUCUCCUAGUGCUUGCUUCGUAGCAAGUGAUGGACAGUAUCUGAGAUUAUAUGAAGUAGUUGUUGAUGCCAAGAAACUUCUCUGUGACCUUUCCAAUCCUGAAAUUUCUAAAUACGUUGGUGAAGUAUUUAACAUCGUAAGUCAACAAUCAACAGCCAGGCCAGGAUGCAUUAUUGCAUUAGAUCCCAUUACAAAACUUCAAGGCCGAAAAACCCAACUACUUCAUGUUUUUCAAGAGGACUUCAUUUUGAAUAAUCUUGAGAAGAAAAAUAUGGGAAAAAACAGAAUAUUAUCUGAUGAAGGCAGCUCACCUAAUGGAUUUUCUGAAAAAUUCUACCUAAUUGUAAUAGAGUGCACUCAAGACAACCACUCAUUGUUACACAUGUGGAAUUUACAUUUAAAGUCUAUUCCUGUCUCAUUGGAUGAAAAUAUAGAUAAAAAAAUACCUGAAGCAGUUUGGCAGCCAGAAGAACAUUAUUCAUCUUCUCCAGAGAAAAUCCUAUCUCCUUUUUCACAGAAGUAUCAGGCUUGCAGAGAAAAUCUCCAGAGUACCAGCAAAUUGACUCUGUCUUCAGAAAUGGUUUAUAGCCAAGAGUUGCUUUUGCCACAAGGAGUUGAGAUAAUAAGUGUUAAGCCAUCAGCAGGUCAUCUGAGUUCUUCUUCCAUAUAUCCCAUAUGCAAUGCUCCCUAUUUAUUGGCAACUUCAUGCUCAGAUGAGAAAGUAAGAUUUUGGAGAUGCAAAGUAACAUGUGGAGAAGCUGCCACGUCAAAUAAUGGAAAAAUGGAUCUUGUAUACACUUGGGAGGAAUGGCCAUUACUUAUUGAAGAUGGACUUCAGAGCAAUAGUAGUAUUACUGUACCUGGUAGGCCUGUAGAAGUUAGCUGUGCACACACAAAUCGUUUAGCAGUAGCAUAUAAGCCGCCUGCAUCGAAUAGUAGACCUUCUCAGGACUUUGUUAUGCAUGUAAGCAUUUUUGAAUGUGAGUCUACAGGAGGUUCAUGUUGGGUCCUUGAACAGACAAUUCAUUUAGAUGAGUUAAAUACGGUGUUGGAUUCUGGCAUUAGCAUUGAUAGCAAUUUAAUGGCCUAUGAUAAGCAGGAGGUAUAUUUAUCCAGUAAAGAGAGUAUAACAGCAAACAUAAAGCAUUUAGUUCACUUAGAUUGGAUAUCUAGGGAAGAUGGCUCUCAUAUCUUGACUGUAGGAAUUGGAUCAAAACUUUUUAUGUAUGGACUCCUGGAUGGCAAGGUACAAGAACAGACUAGUAAGGAAAGCCUGGCGCUUCCUCUCUGGGAGAGUACUAAAGUUGUACCUCUUUCUAAGUUUGUACUGUUACGAAGUGUGGAUUUGGUUUCUUCUGUAGAAGGCUCUCCACCUUUUCCUGUUUCUUUAUCAUGGGUUCGGGAUGGCAUCCUGGUGGUAGGAAUGGAUUGUGAGAUGCAUGUAUAUUCCCAGUGGCAGCCAUCUUCUAAGCAAGAACCUGUUAUAACAGAUUCAUACAAUGGGAGUACUCCAUCUAUAAUAAGUUUAAUAAAACAGAGUAACUCAUCAAGUUCUGGAUUACAUCCUCCAAAGAAAACUCUAACUCGAUCCAUGACUAGUCUUGCUCAGAAAAUCUGUGGAAAGAAAACUGCAUUUGAUCCUUCUGUGGACAUGGAAGAUUCAGGUCUUUUUGAAGCAGCUCAUGUUCUUUCCCCAACUUUACCUCAGUACCAUCCAUUGCAGCUUUUGGAACUCAUGGAUCUGGGCAAAGUUCGAAGAGCAAAGGCCAUCUUGUCCCAUCUUGUCAAGUGCAUUGCUGGAGAAGUUGUGGCCCUGAAUGAAACUGAAUCUUGUCAUGAGCGCCGCCUUAGGUCUCUCACCAUCAGUGCCAGUGGAAGCACCACCAGAGACCCUCAGACAUUCAACAAGAGUGAAAAUACAGAUUACACAGAAAUAGAUUCUGUUCCUCCACUUCCUUUAUAUGCCUUACUUGUGGCAGAUGAUGAUUGCUAUUACUCAUCUUUGGAGAAAUCUAGUAAUCAGAAUACCUCGAAUAACUCAAAUCAGUUAUCAAAGGAAAAUUAUGAUGAGCUUUUUCAGAUUUCAACUCUAAUGACUGAUAGUAAUGUGUUGGAGACAGAUGAAGAAAAUACAAAGCCCAAGGUUAUUGACCUUUCACAAUAUAGUCCAACUUACUUUGGUCCUGAGCAUGCUCAGGUUCUUUCUGGCCACUUACUUCAUUCUAGUUUACCAGGACUCAGCAGGAUGGAGCAGAUGUCUUUGAUGGCCUUAGCAGAUACAAUUGCAACUACCAGCACUGAUAUUGGAGAAAGCAGAGACAGAAGCCAAGGUGGAGAAACUCUUGACGAAUGUGGGUUAAAAUUUCUUUUGGCUGUUCGACUUCAUACUUUUCUUACAACUUCCCUUCCAGCUUAUCGAGCUCAACUCCUUCACCAAGGCCUGUCUACCAGUCAUUUUGCCUGGGCAUUUCACUCAGUAGCAGAAGAAGAACUGCUGAACAUGUUGCCAUCAAUGCAGAAAGACAAUCCCACUUGGUCUGAAUUGAGAGCCAUGGGUGUGGGGUGGUGGGUCCGGAAUAUUUGCAUUUUACGCAAAUGCAUAGAAAAGGUAGCCAAAGCAGCAUUUUAUAGAAAGAACGAUCCUUUAGAUGCUGCCAUUUUCUACCUUGCAAUGAAAAAGAAAGCUGUGAUUUGGGGAUUAUAUAGAUCCCAAAAAGACACCAAGAUGACAGAAUUUUUUGGACACAAUUUUGAAGAUGAGAGAUGGCGUAAAGCAGCUUUAAAGAAUGCUUUUUCUUUGUUAGGCAAACAGAGAUUUGAACAUUCUGCAGCAUUUUUUCUUUUAGCUGGUUGCCUCAGAGAUGCAGUUGAGGUAUGUCUUGAGAAACUGAAUGAUAUUCAGUUGGCUCUUGUAAUAGCAAGAUUAUAUGAGUCUGAAUUUGAUAAAUCUGCAACAUAUAAGUCUAUUUUGCGUAAAAAAAUUUUGGGAAUUCUUUCUCCUAUUGAUGAACUCAAUUCAUUGAACAUCAAUAUGCAUUACGAUCCUUUUCUUCGGAGUAUGGCAUAUUGGAUUUUGGAAGAUUAUGGUAGUGCACUGGAAACAUUAAUAAAGCAACCUGUCAGAGAGGAUGGUGAUCAAGUCACGAUGUCAGCCUGUAAUCCUGCAGUUUUUAACUUCUACAAUUAUCUAAGAACACAUCCUCUUUUGUUGAGACGUCAUUUUGGAUCAUCUGAUGCAUUUUCCACACACGUGAGUUUAACAGGAAAAAGCGGACUGGCAGGAACAAUUGAUUUAAGUGAAAGAAGAUUAUUUUUUACUACUGCCUGUGCUCAUUUAAAAGCUGGCUGCCCCAUGUUGGCUUUGGAAGUAUUAUCAAAGAUACCAAAAGUCAUUAAGAAGAAAAAACCUUUUAGUAGAACAUCUAAUUUUAUGGAUACUAGUAAAGACUGUUCCCCAACUUCUUCAUUGAAAUUGGAUGCCAGAGAAGAUAAGUCUUCUGCUAUUGAUUGGUCACAGUCACUUAUGAAUGGUUUUGGAUCUUCUUCAGAGGGUUCCUCAGAGAAGCAGUCAAACUCCACUCUUUCUUUUGAUUGGAGCCAACCAAGUGUUGUAUUUCAGGAUGACUCUUUAGAAUUAAAAUGGGACAGUGAUAAUGAUGAAGAAAAUGAGGAUCUCCCUAUUUCAAUGAAAGAAAUAAAACCUUCAAAGGAAAAAAUAGGAAAAAAAAUAGAUGAAACGAGUUCUAAUUACACAGAAUCUCUCAACAUGCUAGAUGAAAAUGACAUUUUAAGUCCAUCAGAAGAUAUAAUUUCAGUUCAAUUAAAAUUUAGAGCAUGUUUAAAGAUUCUCACAGGAGAACUUCGUACUUUAUCUACCGGCUAUGAAAUAGAUGGUGGGAAAUUGCGUUACCAACUAUAUCAUUGGCUUGAAAAGGAGAUGAUAGCUCUUCAGAAGACUUGUAACUAUUGUUCAGAUGCUGAAGAAUUACAGUCUGCAUUUGGUACAAAUGGAGAUGAAUUGGGAAUAAAUGAAGAUGCUGAAGAUUUGCCUCAUGAAAAAAAAGUGAAACAACUGAGAGAAAAUUUUCAGGAAAAAAGACAAUGGCUUUUGAAAUAUCAAUCACUGUUGAGAAUGUUUCUUAGUUAUUGCAUACUUCAUGGAUCCCAUGGUGGGGGUCUUGCUUCUGUGAGAAUGGAAUUGAUUUUGCUUUUACAAGAAUCUCAGCAGGAAACAUCAGAACCAAUAUUUCCUAGCUCUCUGUCAGAGCAAACUUCAGUACCUCUCCUCUUUGCUUGUACAGCCAGUGCCAAAACAGUAGUUGCCAAUCCAUUAUUGCACCUUAGUAAUCUAACACAUGAUAUUCUACAUGCCAUAAUAAACUUUGAUUCACCACCCCAUCCAGAUAUUCAAAGCAAUAAAGUAUAUGUAAUGCAUACUUUAGCAGCCUCACUUUCUGCUUGUAUAUAUCAGUGCCUUUGUGGUAGUCAUAACUACAGCUCAUUUCAAACAAAUCAGUUUACUGGAAUGAUGUAUCAAACAGUUCUGCUUCCCCAUCGACAUUCUUUGAAAACAGGAAGCUUAGAUGAAGCAAUAACUCCCAAUACAUCACCAGCUCAGUGGCCAGGAAUAACUUCUCUAAUUCGACUUUUGAAUUCUUCUGGUGAGGAAGCCCAGUCAGGGCUUACAAUUUUGCUCUGUGAAAUUCUCACAGCAGUGUAUCUUAGUCUCUUCAUCCAUGGAUUGGCAACACAUUCUAGUAAUGAACUAUUUCGGAUUGUGGCACAUCCUCUAAAUGAAAAAAUGUGGUCUGCUGUAUUUGGUGGAGGUGCACGUGUUUCCAGCAAAGAACAGACACACUCAAAAGCAUUACCCGUUUCUUCUCUAGUGGAAGAAGGAGAGAAGCAGAACACACGUUUUAGGCCAUCAAAAGUCUCUGGCAGAGAAUCUACCCCAGCGACCUCUUCCUCACCGCCAGUGAGCCAGGAGUCACUGACAGUCAAAGAGAAGUUCAUCCCGCCUGAGCUCAGUAUCUGGGACUAUUUCAUAGCCAAGCCUUUUUUACCCCCUUCCCUAAGUAGAGAAUAUGAUUCAGAGGAGAGUGUGGACAGUGAUGAUGAUGAUGAUGAAUAUGAUGUUUCAGCUUCAGAUUUUCAUCUCCAAGAGCAUUCUAAUUCAAAUUCAUACAGUUGGUCAUUGAUGCGCUUGGCAAUGGUGCAAUUGGUACUCAACAACUUGAAGACUUUCUAUCCCUUUGCAGGUCACGAUCUUGCAGAGCUUCCUGUUAGUUCACCACUUUGUCACGCAGUUCUAAAAACUCUUCAGUGUUGGGAACAAGUUCUUCUCCGACGUCUUGAAGUCCAUGGUGGCCCCCCUCAAAACUAUAUUGCAAGUUAUACUUCUGAAGAGAGUUUGUCUGCAGGUCCUGCAAUUCUCCGCCAUAAAGCUUUGCUGGAACCUACAAACACUCCUUUCAAAUCCAAACACCACCUGGCACUGUCUGUGAAAAGACUUUGGCAGUACUUGGUGAAGCAAGAAGAAAUUCAGGAAACCUUUAUCAGAAAUAUAUUUACAAAGAAAAGGUGCCUAAAUGAGAUAGAAGCAGAUUUGGGAUAUCCUGGAGGUAAAGCAAGAAUUAUUCAUAAGGAAUCUGAUAUCAUUACUGCCUUUGCUGUUAAUAAAGCAAAUAGAAACUGCAUAGCAAUUGCUUCAAGCCAUGAUGUUCAAGAACUGGAUGUUUCUGGAAUCCUGGCUACACAGAUCUAUGCUUGGGUGGAUGAUGAUAUAGAAAUGGAAACCAAAGGGUCAGAAGAUUUCUUGGUUAUACAUGCUCAUGAUGAUUUAACAACUGUGCAAGGUACAACCCCAUAUACACAUAGCAAUCCUGGCACUCCAAUCAACAUGCCAUGGCUUGGUAGUACACAGACUGGCAGAGGAGCAUCCGUGAUGAUUAAGAAAGCCAUUAAUAAUGUCAGAAGAAUGACUUCUCACCCUACUCUUCCUUACUAUCUGACAGGAGCUCAGGAUGGAAGUGUCAGAAUGUUUGAAUGGGGCCAUUCUCAACAGAUAACCUGCUUUCGAUCUGGCGGCAAUUCAAGAGUUACAAGAAUGAGAUUUAACUACCAGGGAAAUAAGUUUGGAAUAGUUGAUGCUGAUGGAUAUUUAAGUUUGUAUCAAACAAACUGGAAAUGUUGUCCAGUUACUGGAAGCAUGCCUAAGCCAUACCUGACUUGGCAGUGUCAUAACAAAACAGCCAAUGAUUUUGUCUUCAUUAGUUCCUCCUCUCUAAUAGCUACAGCUGGUCUUUCAACUGACAAUAGAAACAUAUGUUUAUGGGAUACUCUUGUAGCAUCUGCCAAUAGUUUAGUUCAUGCUUUUAUUUGCCAUGAUAGUGGAGCCACUGUUUUAGCAUAUGCUCCAAAACAUCAGCUACUAAUAUCAUGUGGCAGAAAAGGAUUUACAUGUGUCUUUGACCUUCAGCAACGACAACAAAGGCAGCUUUUCCAGAGCCAUGAUUCUCCUGUUAAAGCUGUUGCUAUUGAUCCAACUGAAGAGUACUUUGUUACAGGAUCUGCUGAAGGCAGCAUAAAGAUUUGGAAUCUCUCUACCUUUAGUCUUCUUCACACUUUUAUCAGUGAACAUGCUCGGCAAUCCAUUUUCAGAAAUAUCGGAACAGGAGUGAUGCAAAUUGAGACUGGGCCAGCAAAUCACAUUUUUUCAUGUGGAGCUGAUGGAACAAUGAAAAUGAGGAUUCUGCCGGAUCAGUUUAGCCCAUUAAAUGAAGUACUGAAACAUGAUGUGAAAUUUAUGUUGUAA